UGGAAAGAGUCACGUGACAGCAGAACACGUUUUCAGCUUGCGUGUGUCGUUGCAUUUGGACAAACGUUUAGUUAUUGUUAUCCAUAAAGAAGAAUGAGUAUCCCGGUGGUUGACUUUGCCGCGUGCAGCCUGCGCGAGCGAGACGUCGCCGACGGACAGAUGCACCACCUGCGCGAACAGCUGGAAUCCGCGUUCACCAAAGUUGGUUUCGUGUUUCUGGAGAACACCGGGAUCACUCAGGAGGAGGUGGAUCGUGUAAUGGACGUAUACAAGACGUUCUUCCUGCAGCCAGAUGAAGAGAAGGAACCCUUCAGCAGGAAAAGCUUUGCCAACAAUCCCAACCACGGCUGGGUGCGCCUGGAGGUCGAGAGGUUGAAUCCUCGUCUUCCAGGGGACCUGAAGGAGUCUUUCAACGUCACUUCGACCCGUCCUGACAUUAAAUGGCCAUCGGGUGCUGGAGAAGGCUUCCAGGAGAUCCAGACGUCUUUCUUCCAGCGCUGCAACCAGCUGAGUGUGCGGGUGCUGAGGGUGAUGGCCCUCAGCCUGGGUCUGGACCCGGAGGUGUUCCUGAGCGCGCACCGCUUGAUAGGAGCUGAAGGGAACAGCACAACACUGCGGUCUCUGUACUACCCGUCAGUGGACCACGACAAGGUGGAGGAGGGUCAGUUGCGAUGUGGGGAGCAUUCGGACUACGGCAGCAUCACCCUGUUGUUUAGCAGCUCUGGGGGUCUGCAGGUGCGGAGGCGUUCAGGUGAAUUCAUCGACGUUCCUUCCUUCCCCGGAGCGGUGCUCGUCAACGUCGCCGACCUGAUGCAGCGCUGGACCGGCGAUCACUUUGUCUCCGUGGUCCACCGAGUUAUGCUGCCUCCAGCCGGAGACUCCAGCACACGUCAGUCUCUGGCCUUCUUCGUACAGCCGGAUGAUGAUGCUGUGAUCACCUGCUGCGACGGCUCCAACAAAUACCCCCCAGUGACGGGAGGCGGCUACCUCCAGGAGCGCUUCAAGGCCUCCUAUGGAGCAAAGUGAAUGUUCUCCAAUCCCGUCAUUCAUGCACCACUUUGUAUUACACGUCUGGGAUGUUUAUUUGUAUCCUCUUUACGUGUAUCCAUAUCUCAGUGUUUUUUGAUAAUUGGUGUGUGUGUGUGAGACUUAAAGGAGAGAAACAAACCUCAGACCUGCAAGCUCAUUCAUUUUAUUGUCCACAUUCAAACCUUGUACAAGAGUUUCAUGAUUCCGCACAAUUAAACUGCUCUGUGAAAAGGAAACAUAAUAUAAAGCUUAACUAUCUCUGA